AUGCCCGAGACGCUGGGACGUAUUUGGUACGUUUGGCGUGACGAUAAUCAGCGACCGUCAUCAUGGCGGGCUGGUUUUCUUCGACCUCUCCGCUCGAUGAAAAAAUCGAGCAGGCAACAUCGUCUUCCUUGUAAGUUACGCGAUGCUGUUUCUCUAAGUUGCGGGCCCCUCAUUUCUGACAUCUGCCUGGACACCAGGGAGGACAUCGCCCUUAAUUUGGAGAUAUCUGACCUUAUCCGCUCGAAGAGUGUUCAGCCUCGCGAUGCGAUGAGGUCGUUAAAACGAAGACUGGAAAGCAAGAACCCAAAUGUUCAACUUGCCACCUUGAAGUUGACGGAUACAUGUGUCAAGAACGGCGGAUCACAUUUCCUGGCGGAGAUUGCAUCACGGGAAUUCAUGGACAAUCUUGUGUCGCUACUCAAGUCCGAACGCGUGCCCCUCAACAACGACGUGAAGCAGAAAAUGUUGGAACUGAUCCAGAAUUGGGCAAUGGCUGCUCAGGGUCGCACGGACCUGUUCUACAUUGGGGAGACAUACCGGAAGCUGCAGAACGAGGGGUUUCGAUUCCCGCCGAAGACGGAAAUAGCGAGCAGCAUGUUGGAGAGUAGUGCGGUAGGUUGCCCUCGACCAAGCAGUUGGUUGCCGGUUUCUGACAUGGCCAUCUCAUGGCAGCCUCCGGAAUGGAUCGAUUCCGACGUCUGUAUGCGCUGUAGAACGCCAUUUACGUUUACGAACAGGAAGCACCAUUGUCGCAACUGUGGGAAUGUUUUUGAUGCCCAAUGCUCUAGCAAGACACUCCCUCUACCCCAUUUAGGCAUCUUACAGCCUGUUCGAGUUGACGAUGGCUGCUAUGCCAAGCUUACUUCCAAGACAUUUACUUCAUCUGGCCUCUCGGAGCGGUCAGCAUUCAAGAAUCAUUCUAUAACGAAAUCCACUACGUCUAUGGAACCGCGCGGAGCUCGGGCCGAUUCGAGCUUUGAUGAGGACUUAAGAAGGGCGUUGCAGAUGAGUCUGGAAGAAGCUCAGGGCAAAAGCAGUACAGGAUACACGCCCCAGUCUAAACCGGAAGAAAGGGCAAAGCCAGCAUCGACCGCCGAGGAAGAGGAAGACGCAGAUCUGAAGGCUGCUAUCGAAGCCUCAUUGCGGGAUAUGGAAGAACAGAAGCAGAAGCAUACAGCGGCCUUGAAAAACUCGACUGCUGCAGAUGGAGCGUCUGCUGGCGCCCCUACUGCUCCCGCUUUACCAAAGAACCCCUAUGAGCUCACGCCGGUCGAAGCGGAAAACAUCCACCUUUUUGCAGCUCUGGUUGAACGACUACAGCACCAGCCACCAGGGACUAUCUUGCGCGAGCCUCAGAUCCAGGAACUGUACGAAAGUAUCGGCGCACUGAGACCUAAACUUGCGCGCAGUUACGGAGAAACGAUGAGCAAGCAUGAUACGCUUCUCGACCUUCAUGCCAAGCUAUCGACGGUUGUUCGCUACUAUGACCGGAUGCUGGAAGAACGGCUGUCGAACGCCUAUUCGCAGCAUAACCUUGGGCCUUACAGCUCUGCUCCUCCGGGUAGACAGACAUAUGACAGCUAUCCUCCGUUGUCUAAAAAUGCGCCUGACGGGCGGAGCGGCGCCGAGGCCUACUACCUCUCUAAUACCAUUCCUGAUCAGUUCAAUCCGCCUGGACCACCCCAACAACCUCAACCUACGGGAGGGAGCUACGGUCCAGGGACUUCCCAAGCCCCUCUGACGAGUUCCGGUCCGUAUCCUUCCCUGAAUCCUAGUCUCGGAGAUUCCCAAACCCAGCCAUGGACCCCUCCUGACCUCCACGCUCUCCGAUCUCCGCCGCCGUCGAAUGCCGUCUCUACUGCUACUCCAUACUCAGGGAAGCCUGCUGACUCUGCGGGAACGACGAAUUUGUAUCCCGGUCAAGGGCAGAGCAGCCAGGAGGCCAACCAAGUCACGUCUCCUUUGCAACAGGAUACGGAGACGCCGUACCAACAGUCCCCCACGCUGAGACGCGAUUCCCAAUAUCAGCAGUCGGGUACCCCAUCCACGUUUGUUUCCCAACAGCACCCUGCAUCAAACACCAUGCAGCCACCAGGAAGCAAUCCGCCGCAACAUGCUGCAUACCCGCCUCCGGACGUUGGCUCUGGGUACCAACACUCCCAGGAGCCACCGACCCCGCAGCAUUCAAAAGCACCCCAAACUCCCCAGUCGUAUUACUUGCAAAGGCAGCCAUCGCAACCGGUGCCUCCCCACUCUUACGCAGGGGCACCGCAGGUGAAUGGCUCCUACCCUUAUGUCACCGGCAAUACCCCCGGUUCGGCUCCCCCUGUAUCGCAGUACCAGGAACCCACACCUCCCAAACCGGUUGGAUUGCGAGCGAGAACUGAUCGUUCCGCUGGUUUUGGAACAUGGUCAGUAUACCAGGACUUGUCAUCCAAACCGAAUAUUAUUGCCAACCCCGCGGGCGGUGUAGGGCGGAAGCAGCCGCCAGUAUCAAUACGGCGGCGUCUGUAUCGUACCGUACUGGCGCGGUCCACUGGCCGGCCUCGACCGCCAAAGAGAGACGAGCAAGCUGCCUCUGCACUCACUCCUCUUCACUUCUGCUUCUCUCGCACCCCCGCAUUCCUCGACCCCGUCCUCUUCUCUCCUUCUCCUCGCGAACCCAUUCUUAGCUUCUCUUCGUUAUCUCUCUCUCCCUUCUUAUUGCGAAUUCCUCCCUGCUGCUCCUGCCUCUCCCGGGCGCUGGUGGGCUGCUGCUCCCGUCCAGAUGCAGCUUCCGCAGAUUGGGUAUACCGGACCCGUCGCCACGUUGUCCGCCAAUUGACUCGCACGAGUCUGCUCGUCCUGCAUCGACAAACACUGCUGAGAAGCCUACUCCAAUCGCUGCCGUCGUACGGAUUCCAGUCGGACCUCCGCGUUCCAUCGCGUCGUGCUACCCAACGCACUUUGACAACGGGUUCGAUGGUCUGGCUGCCUGCUAUUCGCGAGCAAUACCUCGUCGCCGGUGAAACGGCCUGCGCUGGGCCGACGCUCUGCAUCCUCCCAUGCUAUCGCCUCCACGCGCACCUCGCCCAAUACGACCGACGCCCCCGACCCUCAUCCCCAGAAGGCUCCCGUUCACAAACCCACCGCGCGCAUGUCGUAGGGGGUGCGCACCGUACUCACGGUCGCAACCCGUCAUUCGGCAAGAACCUGAAUAAGCUGCAGAGGCUGACUAGUGCGCAUGUGCUCGGCGAAGGCACAGCGGCCGUUACCGGAGCCCGCCAUCAUCAACGUAAAAAGUCGGCCCCGGUGACACCUGCCGGAAGCCCGCGAGGUUCUCAUGGGCGGGGGGGUUCGACCGUCUCCUUAGGCGAGCAUAAGGCCAACACGUCCAUGAGAAAGAACUACUCCACACCAGCACUGGCGCGCAAUACCUCUGCUGUACUGGGGAAGAAGGCGCUUGUGACGGGUCGACCGCAGACCGCCAAGCCCAGAGUCCAGAAGACCGUGGGCUUCGAGUUGGGUGAUUCUGAUUCCGAAGAAGAGUGGGAGGACAGCACCCAGUCCCCGGAGAGCACAAGACGGGGCUCCGUGGCGCCGUCAAAGGACAGCCCGGAGAACAGCACAGUUCUAGUUGAUCCGUUGACGUUUGUGAAGCGUCCAUAUCCUCAAGUCCCUCAGUCGAGGAGUCUGCCUGAGUCGAGCGUCAGCGCUCUCCCCCCUGAGCCCGCCGAACAUGAGCAUUCAGGUGAUGAAGAAGCUCAUUCAGCUCAUUCCCCUCAGCCGGACGACCAAGACCAACAGCAGCAGCCGAUGCGAUCUACGGAGCAUGAGGACAUAGCAUCUCGACUGCUGCGUUCUUCCAAGGCGCCUCCGGCUAUGUCUUCGAUAUCUGCCAUGGCCACCCCGGCCCCCGUCGACACAGCGCGUCGGAAUGCCUCUCUCACAAAUCUUGCGGAUGCGGCACGGCAUGGUCCAACCACGUCGAGUUCCACACAGCAAAAUACGCCAGGAAUGACCGCGCAAGCUACCUCUUCAUCCAUGGAAGGAGGCGUAUCCCGUUUCAUCAUCGAUAAGAACGAUGCUCAUGCCACUUCUCGCACAGACUCCGAUCCUAAUACCCCGUCCUCUUUUCUGCCGCAUUAUCAUCCGCAGACCCCUCCAUCACCAGGCCGUAACAACACCUCCAAGAAGGCCAAAACAACAUCACCCCCUCCAAGACCGCCAGGGGACGGCCCCCCUUCCCGUACUCAACAGAAGUUAUGGCUGCAGCGGAAUGCCGCUCUUACCACAUCACCGCCCGAUGGAUCACCGGCCCUCCCUUCGUCCUCGAUCGACCAUUCAAGAGCGGGCGCAAGACCGUAUGAUGGUGGACGGGGAGCUGUAAAUGGCAGUGUGCGGCCAGGCGUAUCGACACAUGACAGCGAAGCCAAGCACAUUCGGAAAGCGUAUGAGAAGACCGCAUCCGAGCUCAAUGUAGUUCGACAGUUUCACAGCCCCACGAAAAACAGCUUCGACCGGGUGGACCGUAUCAUGGCUGAAAUGGGACGGCAGGCCGGCGGCACAGAGCAGAACACAUCUUUAGCAGGCAAGAGUGUGAAAUCUGCGCCGUCCCUGACGAAUGGUCAAUUCUUGCAGUCCACGGCCGACAGGCGACAGAAUGUCGUGUCCGGUGGUAACGAUGACUCCCCGUCAGGGCGCAGCCAACUUAUCAGCAAGAACCGGCAGUCAGGGUCUAAGCACGCCUCCCGAGUUUACUUCCAGGACCAGGACGAUGUCGUUAAUAUCAAUGAUACUACCGAGCAAAUGGAGCGGUUAGAUAUUGACGACUCGCAUGGUCAACGCUCAACGCUCUCUACUUCUGCCGAUGCAGCCACAGAACAAGGCGGGACAGGCAAGGAUUCCGCUAGUGGCUACUUUGCCACAGAGACGGCUAUGCUACUUCGUCAUUUCUCCCUGGAACUUCCAUGUUUCCAUGGAGUGAAUGAAUAUGGCACUAGGCAGUUGUUACUGUUAGGGAUUGUCUCAUUCAUUCAUUCAUUAUUAAGUAAGGUUAAAGAGAAGGAAAAAGAAAAGGUUCUAUAA